AUGCCGCCCGUCCAGAGAACCAUGUCGGAUCUUCGAACGCGGGCGGACGGAUAUGAGAAGACAGAGGACGCUUCAGAAAAGACAUCUUUAGCAGAUCAGGAAGAUGCUCGACUGAUUUACCUUAACCAGCCACAGUUUACAAAGUUUUGCAGCAACCGGGUCAGUACGGCCAAAUACAAUGUUCUCACCUUCCUCCCGAGGUUCCUCUAUUCACAGUUUAGGAGGGCGGCCAACGCUUUUUUCCUCUUCAUUGCACUCCUACAGCAAAUCCCAGAUGUGUCUCCCACUGGUCGCUGGACAACAUUGGUACCUCUCCUUUUUAUUCUGGUGGUGGCUGCUGUCAAGGAGGUCAUUGAGGACCUGAAACGGCACAAUGCUGACAGUGUUGUCAACAAAAAAGAAUGUCAAGUGUUACGAAAUGGAGCCUGGGAGAUUGUACAUUGGGAGAAGGUGACUGUUGGGGAAGUAGUCAGAGCUGCCAACGGCGAUCACCUCCCUGCUGACCUCGUCAUACUGUCGUCCAGUGAACCACAGGGGAUGUGCUACAUUGAAACAUCUAACUUGGAUGGUGAAACAAACCUCAAAAUUAGACAGGGUCUCCAAGUGACGUCAGAUUUGAAGGACAUUGACAGCCUGAUGCGCCUCACGGGAAAGAUGGAGUGCGAGUGCCCAAACCGACAUCUAUACGAGUUUGUUGGUAACAUUCGACUGGAUGGACACAGCACAGUGCCGCUCGGUCCGGACCAGAUCUUACUGAGAGGAGCCCAGCUACGAAACACACAGUGGGUCCAUGGUGUAGUGGUCUACACUGGCCAUGACACCAAGCUUAUGCAGAACUCUACUCGGCCGCCGCUGAAGUUGUCCAACGUGGAGCGCAUCACCAACUUUCAGAUUCUUGUCCUUUUUGGCUGCCUGCUGGCCAUCUCUCUGGUCUGCUCCGUGGGCCAAACUAUCUGGAAGUACCGGUGCGGCAAUGACGCCUGGUACAUGGACCUCAACUAUGGUGGUGCGGCAAACUUCGGCCUCAACUUCCUCACUUUCAUCAUCCUGUUCAACAACCUGAUUCCUAUCAGCCUUCUGGUCACGCUGGAGGUCAUCAAGUUCAUCCAGGCCUUCUUUAUCAACUGGGACACUGAUAUGAUCUACGAGCCUACAAACACACCUGCCAUGGCUCGUACCUCCAAUCUGAAUGAAGAGUUGGGCCAGGUGAAAUACAUUUUCUCUGACAAGACGGGAACGUUGACCUGCAAUGUCAUGCAGUUUAAGAAGUGCACCAUCGCCGGUGUGGCCUAUGGUCACGCGCCUGAGACUGAGGACGGUAGUUUUGCAGAGGAAGACUGGCACAGCACGCACUCGUCAGAUGAGUCUGGAUUUAUUGACCCGAGCUUGCUGGAAAACCUCCAAAGUAAUCAUCCCACUGCUGCUAUCAUCCUGGAAUUCAUGACCAUGAUGGCCAUCUGUCAUACUGCUGUCCCAGAGCGCAAUGACGGAAAAAUCACCUACCAGGCAGCCUCCCCAGAUGAAGGCGCUCUGGUGAGAGCUGCACGCAACCUGGGCUUUGUGUUCUCUGGUAGAACGCCAGACAGCGUCAUUGUGGAAAUGAUGGGAAGUGAGGAGAAGUAUGAGCUGCUUCAUGUGCUGGAGUUUACAAGUGUAAGGAAGAGGAUGUCAGUCAUCAUGCGCACCCCAUCCGGAAAGAUCCGCCUCUACUGCAAGGGAGCUGACACGGUGAUAUAUGACAGACUGGCAGACAGCUCUCGUUACAAAGAGAUCACGUUGAAACAUCUGGAGCAGUUUGCCACUGAGGGGCUGCGCACGCUGUGCUUCGCUGUAGCAGACAUCAGCGAGUCAUCCUAUCAGCAAUGGUUAGAAGUGCACCAGCGAGCCUGCACCUCCCUGCAGAACCGAGCCCUCAAGAUGGAGGAGAGCUACGAACUCAUCGAGAAGAACCUGCAGUUGUUGGGGGCCACCGCCAUCGAGGACAAACUGCAGGAUAAGGUGCCUGAGACCAUAGAGACACUGAUGAAGGCAGAUAUCAAAAUCUGGAUCCUGACAGGGGACAAACAGGAAACAGCUAUCAACAUUGGACAUUCCUGCAGGUUACUCACUAAGAACAUGGGCAUGCUGGUGAUAAACGAGGACACACUUGACAGAACACGGGAGACCCUCAGCCACCACUGCGGCAUGCUGGGAGAUGCUCUUUACAAGGAAAACGACUUUGCGCUCAUAAUUGAUGGGAAGACACUCAAAUACGCCCUCACGUUUGGUGUGCGCCAGUACUUCCUGGACCUUGCCCUAUCCUGCAAGGCCGUCAUCUGCUGCAGAGUGUCCCCACUGCAAAAGUCAGAGGUGGUAGAAAUGGUUAAGAAGCAGGUGAAGGUCAUCACGCUGGCUAUUGGCGACGGGGCCAAUGACGUCGGGAUGAUUCAGACAGCACAUGUCGGCGUUGGGAUUUCGGGCAACGAGGGCUUGCAGGCUGCCAACUCCUCCGACUACUCAAUUGCUCAGUUCGAAUACUUGAAGAAUCUGCUGCUUGUUCACGGAGCUUGGAAUUACAACCGUGUAGCCAAAUGUAUCCUCUACUGCUUCUACAAAAAUAUUGUCCUUUACAUCAUAGAGAUCUGGUUUGCGUUUGUCAAUGGCUUCUCGGGUCAGAUUCUGUUUGAGCGCUGGUGCAUCGGCUUGUACAACGUGAUCUUCACUGCCCUGCCUCCGCUUACUCUGGGAAUAUUUGAGCGCUCCUGUCGGAAAGAAAACAUGCUGAAGUACCCCGAGCUCUACAAAACCUCCCAGAAUGCAAUGGGAUUCAACACCAAGGUCUUCUGGGCUCAUUGUCUAAACGGCCUCUUCCAUUCCGUCAUCCUCUUCUGGUUCCCUCUCAAAGCCUUCCAGCACGACACAGUCUUUGGCAAUGGAAGAACACCUGACUAUCUCCUCCUAGGAAACAUGGUUUACACAUUUGUGGUCAUCACAGUUUGCCUUAAAGCAGGCCUGGAAACCUCAUCCUGGACUAUGUUCAGCCACAUCGCCAUCUGGGGCAGCAUUUGUCUGUGGGUGGUGUUCUUCGUCAUCUACUCGUCCCUAUGGCCCCUCAUCCCCCUAGCCCCCGACAUGUCGGGCGAGGCGGAGAUGAUGUUUUCUUCGGGGGUCUUCUGGACUGGCCUGGUCUUCAUCCCUAUCACCUCGCUGGUCUUUGACGUGGCCUACAAAGUGGUGAAGAAAGUGUUUUUCAAGACGCUGGUGGAUGAGGUGCAGGAGCUGGAGGCGUUAUCUAAAGAUCCCGGAGCUGUAGUACAUGGGAAAAGCUUGACGGAGAGGGCCCAACUCCUGAAAAACGUCUUCAAGAAGAGCACUGUGAGUCUGUACCGCUCCGAGUCCAUGCAGCAGAACCUGCUACACGGCUAUGCCUUUUCCCAAGACGAGAAUGGAGUUGUGUCCCAGUCGGAGGUUAUCCGAGCGUACGACACCACCAAGCAAAGGAGCAGAGAGUGGUGA